CCAAACGUAAAGCAUUCCAUGUGAUAUUCCAUUUCUUUGUUUAUUAUCGGUGAGCUCGUGAUCACUCAAUAUAUUGACAUUGAUGGUUCAUCAUAUGCACUGGCUUCGCAUUACAACUAAGGAACAACGGAUCACACAGGGCACAGAUAUUUGGCCCCGUCAUAAACGUCACAUCUACAAGUUCUACGGUGCCGUCCCAAAAUGUUUGAAGACAUUUGAAAACAUUCACAGCAAGACUAUGGUUUAGUUUUUUAAGAAAUGAAAAAAACCAUUGCGUCGCGUAAAACGCUUCAAAAUAUGUCAUUGGCCGCGCAUUACAGCAACCUGGUGAGAGAGAAAACUGAUCAUGUUCCAGAUGGCGGAAAAAUGUUUGUUACGGGAGACUGCACCGUCUAUUGCGAUGAAGUAUGUACUGUUGAAAUUCCAAGUGCAUCUCUGAGCUUUAAGCACUACAUGGGCUUUACAGACUGCGCGUGUUUGAUUUCAGCCUUACAUACGUCACAUUUAUCACAUGUAAAGCCAUUCGUUGCAAUGUUUUGAGUAUAUCAGUUUCAGGAUUAACAACAAGCUCAGCAAGCCUAAAUUGCUCCCCAAUGUUUUACCGCGUAGAUCUGUCUCUGAGCUGGCAUACAUACUAAAUUCACGAUGAAUCUCAG